ACCACUGAAGAGGCACUGAGAUCAUAAAUGCAGCAUAGUCAUGUUUAGUCAUAUUAUGUCUGACUUAAUGACCAUAUUGUUUAAUGAAAUAUUUCCAAUUGUGGUCCUUAAGUCAGGUCAACCUGUAUAUCCCAGUGUGAAGAUUUUCUCUCACCCUUACAUCUUUUCAUUUACAUGUAAAUGUAGGAAACGACCCCAAAUGCAACCGCUUGGGAAGUAUGAGUAAACUACUUCCAUACUGCUGCUAUGAAACAUGGAUGUGUCCAAAGGAGUCUUUGUCUUUCAUACAUACACAAACACACACAGGGAAGUACGGUAAACUGUUUCCACACUGUUGCAAGAAACAUGGACGUAUCCACCAGAAGUGGAGCUCCGCUCGAAGACGGCUUUGUUUUUCAUACACAUUCACGCACUCACACACAGAACAAAGCAACUCCUUUGACAUGUCUUGUCCACGUAUUCCUGGGUAUUCACGCGCUGCACUCCUCUCACACGUUCGCGUCGCCACAUCUUCCACACCUCCAAGCCACCGCUGCAAAAGCCGAAGGGGAAAAAAGAGCGUUGCAUCGGUCAUAGUCUUCUCUCUCUCUCUCUCUCUCUCUUUACUUGCCCGGCCCGGCUAAGUCGACAAAUCUCCGGCCUUCGCUUUAAAUAUACAGUACUGUAAAACUACCCCGCUCCUGCAAUUGCAGCCAGAAGCCGGGAAAGGCGGACUUAUCGGCCGCUGCGAGCGCUUCCGCAAGUGGUUUCCGCCUUCUUCGGCGACUUAUGGCCAUCGCCCGCCGAGAUGCAACGCGAGCCCUGCUCGCUUGGGGAGCAAACAGCUAUGGACAACUUGGCCUUGGUCAUAAAAAUGAUGCGCUCCUGCCUAAGGCUGUGAAGUCAUUUCUCUUUAAUCAGAUUUGUAUCAAAAGCAUUACUGGAGGUGGUGGCCAUUCUGCUGUUCUUACUGACACUGGAGAGAUCUUUUUCUGUGGCCAGAAUAAAGAUGGACAAUUGGGACUUGGUCAUACUGAGGAUGUGACACAUUUCACCUUAUGUUCUUCUCUUUGUGGCUGUCCUGUCAUACAGGUUGCCUGUGGCUGGGAUUUUACAGUUAUACUUGUUGGAAAAGGCCAAGUAUUCUCCUGUGGUUCUAACUCCUUUGGACAAUUGGGAAUUGCUGAUAUUUCAGGCAGAUGCACUAUUCCAGCAAUGAUUAAGUCUUUACAGGAUAAAAUAAUAAAUAUUGCUGCUGGACUCAGGCACGCUGUUGCUGUGGCUGAAAAUGGUUCUGUAUUUCAAUGGGGAAUUGGAAUGGCAUCUCAAGCAAAGCGAAUCUGCCAAGAAAAAAGCAUUCCUUCUUUCUUGAGGGCAAAGGACCCUUGCAAAGUUCCAGGUUUUGAAAAUGUCAAAGUGAGGAGUGUAGCUUCCGGCUCACAUCAUGUUGUGUCACUCACAGAUGAUGGAGAUUUAUAUGUUUGGGGAAACAAUAAGCACAAGCAACUAUUAAGUAAAGACUCUAUUGUUUUGGUACCUGAGAAGAUUGAAGCUCACUAUUUUGAGGGUGAAAAAAUCAGAAGAAUUUGGAGUGGUUGGACACACUUGGUGGUGCAAUCAGAUUGCAUGUGGUUCAGAGCACAAUCUAGCAAUAGUUGGUAGCCAGUGUUUUUCCUGGGGAUGGAAUGAGCAUGGCAUGUGUGGCAACGAAACAGAAGAAAACGUUUGUCUUCCUCAGCCUGUGGCAUCUCUGAGUUCUUCAGAGGUGCUUUUAAUUGGAUGUGGAGCCGGACACUCCUUAGCAUUUUGCUCUUUACCAAGCUUAGACACAACACCCUCUGCACAAUUUUAAAUUCACCCUGAGAUGCUAGUUCAAAUGAAGAAGAGCCAGGUCCAGGGACAUCAGGAGCGGGUAUGGAGGAACAUCUGGAGGUUGCCGGAGGCUGCCAGGUGUUGCGAGACCAAGCACAGCAGAACAGUCGCAGGAGGAGCGAUGGGACAAGUGGCCAGUUGAGCAAUGAACAGGAGAGGUCCAGCUACAUCUGGGAAGCCCAGAGCCUUCGGGAGAGGAGGAAAAUUUGCCUACCCUUCCCAGUCUGAGAAGGGUCAAGAGGAGGCAGGCACAACAAAGUUCAGCCAGGCUAUUUGUGAGUCGGCAUCCUUGCUUCUCUUGAUGGACUACACCGAGGAGCGGCUAUUUACCUCGGCGCUUGGAGUGAAGUGACGCUGGAAACAACAUGUCUGUUUCCUUGCUGUGUGUUCUUCAGCCACAGUCAUUCUUGCCUCGACCAGAUUUUGAUUCUGUACUUUGAAUUUUGGCUCAUGCCUCUUGAACUCUGGACUGCCUUUGCCUUGUGGAUUUGCUUUUGCCCUAUUGACUGGCAUGGGGUUUUCCUUGAAUAGCCUACUGAAUCCUUGGGAUGGGCUGGUGUGGGUGUGAGGAAUUUCUGGGAAGACUAUUUGGGACUUGGAAGUCUCCAAGAUUUCUAACACCCAUGGUGUGUGUGUAUGUGAGCGGGAUAGGAGACCAGGAUUGAAUUUUAUUUUUAUUUAUAGGUGGCAUUUCACUUAAAGCCAUUCAUCUAGGGACUGUUGAAAGUUACAACAGCACUGGGAAAAAAUGACUUAUGGCCAUUUUUCACAUUUAUGACCAUUGCAGCA